GUAUUCUUGUUUGCUUUUAGGCAGGAGGUGUAUUUCCCUCAGAUGCCACACUCCUUGUAUUGCAAUAUAUUUCUCAGUCCAAGUGAGGCAUGCAACCAUUAUGCACAGCUUUCAUCUGGAUCAAAUCCUUUUAAAGCAUCUAGAAUUCAAGCAGUCAGCACCUCACUGAAGCAGCAGAUUCUCCAAAGCUUGACAGGCAACAACUUAUUGGAAGCUUAUCAAUUGAUGUUAAUCAAAUCUGUAAUAGAGAAGAAAACUGACUGCCUAGCAGAUAUCUGGCACAUGUUCCAUUGCCAAGGUCCAGCUUUGGAGUACCUUAGACACUUGAAUAUUGCCAUGCAAGAGCUAGUGAAACACGCCCUCAAAGUGAUACAGGCUAGGGGUGCCAGAACUGCAGACGUCAUCAACAAAGAUGAGCAUGGAUUUGAUGGCAAGUCUUUGGGGAAGAUGAUGAAAGCUUACCAGCAGAAACUAGAGAGUGUUCUGGACAACAGCUGCACAUUUGCCCCUCAAAGCCUCUGGCUUGUUAUCAAAAGAAAAUUACAAUUAAUCACCGAAAGAACUCGAGUCUCCAAAGAGCUCAUUCUUUGUAUUGAGAAACAGACAAUUCGAGUUCUUGGGGAAGUUAAUAAUCUGCUAGAGCCGCUUCAAGCUUGGAUACUUAAGGAUAUGCACUGCAUAUGUAAUAAUGUUCAACAAGAGUUUAAGGCAAUGCAGACAGCAGCACAGUAGUGGCCAUGAUGUAUUGUGAGAGCAAACCACAUCCGAGGUCAUACAGGGAUACAAGAAGUUACAAAUAGUGUUCUUAGACUUGCAACUUGACAUUAGUGCUCAGAUUGGCGAUCAGUAAUCAAACGACUUAAGCACAUGCUCAGUUUGCUAUCAGUAAUUGAGCUACCUUUAGCAGAUGCUCAGUUUGUCUAUAAGCAGCUGAGCAUUCUCAGCAGAUAUAUAAUUGUUAAUCGAAUGGGCACCCUGAGCUCAUAUGAGUUUAGCUAUCAGCAAAUGAUCACACUCUCAGUUUGGCAUCAGUUUGGUAAAUGAGCUACCUUUAGCAGAUGCUCAAUUCGUCUAUCAGCAGCUGAGCAUUCUUGGUACAUAGUCUGUUAGUCAACAAAUGAGCACCCUGAGCUCAUAUUGAGCUUAGCUAUCAGCAAAUGAUCGCACAAUCAGUUUGGCUAACAGUAAAUGAGCUACACUUAGCAGAUGCUCAAUUUGUCUAUAAGCAGCUGAGCAUUCUCAGCUGGUACAUAGUCUGUUAUCGAAUGAGCACCCUGAGGUCAUAUUGAGUUUAGCUCUCAACACAUAACGAUCACACGCUCAGUUUAGCUACCAGUAAAUGAACAACCUGUGUAUAUGUUGAGUUUGACUGCAAGCAAAUGUGCACAUGACAAUAUGCUUAGUUUAGCGAUCAGCUAGUGAGUUCCCUGAUAAAAUACUCAGUUUUGCUAUCAGCAAAAAUGCAGUGUAAGCACACAAUCUGUUUGACUAUGAAAUGAGAACCCAGAACAUUUAACUACCAACAAAUAUGCAGCAUGAGCAUGUGCUCAGUUAUCACUGUCUGAAAACAAGCAAUUUCAGCACUGAUUAUCAAAUGAAAAUAUACAGAGAAUUAUUUAGGCAAUGAAAGUUCAGUACAGUAUUAAGCUUUGUCUACACUAUCAAAUUUUAUGUGACAAAAAAGUGUGAUGUGCCUAUAUAUGGGUACAAUGAUGUUGUAUCAUGUAUUAUUAAAUAGUAUAAAAAAAAGUUGAACAUGUUCAACUCUUAUGUUCCAUCACAUUUUAUGUGACAAUUUUUUGAUGAAAUUUGAUAGUUUAGACAAAGCUUUAGUGGCAUUGUGCAUGUUUUAGGCAAAAAAAAGGUUUCAUCAAUUUACUCAAUGAAUGAAAAGUUGCAAUGUGUGCAGUGAAUGAAUCUGUUUCCAAUAGUUCUGGAGUGUGUGCGGGCAACAGCAAAACCUUAUCGGAUGAUCCGAGAUAUGAAUGAGCAUCUAGGGACAUAGAUGGUUGCUUAAAGGGAGGUGCUUUGAAAGGGAGAAGCAAGAUCUGAAACUUGAUAUGCGAAUCAGUGAAACUCAAUAAAGCUGUGGUUUGAGAGUGGUGAUCUAUUAGUUCAGACGAUUUAGAAGAAAGCUUUGAAGCAGCAGUUCACUUGAAAGCCGGGGAGGGGGGAUAGUGCCCAUGAAGACGCUCUUUGAUUAAGUUAUUUAACUUUUGUAGAUACAAUGUUUUCAUAACUGCUUACAAUUUGUGUGCAAAUUAACUGUUGAGAGAAAAUCACUUCCAGAAAAUUUGCAUAGUUGUUUUUAAGCUUUGAAGUAGCAUUGACGUAAAAAGAACAUUAUGCCCUGGAUAAAAAUCGUGUGGACACUCAUCUUUAGUAA